AUGAGUCACUCUGUUCCCGACCUCGACCAGAUUGGCAUCAAAGCCGAGCCUGACCUCGCGGACCAGUUCCGCCGCGAAGUAGCACACCUCCUCGGACGCAGCAAUCUCAAUUUCCCCGGCGCGCAGCCUGUCAGCUUCUCAUCAAGACACUUGACCGAGCUUCAAAGACAAGAUUACUAUGUUUGUGAGAAGACAGACGGUAUUCGGUGCUUGAUGUACUUUGCGCGCGGUGAGCCCGACUCCGACGCGCCCGAAAUCCACUACCUGAUUGAUCGAAAAAACGACUACCGCUUCGUUCCGGGCCUUCAUUUCCCACUACCAGAAGAUCCCACGUUCCAGUCAUAUCAUGUCGAUACCUUGAUUGAUGGGGAACUGGUCAACGAUAUCUACGAGGAUGGAUCACAGCAGCUCAAGUACUAUGUCUUUGACUGCCUUGUGUUAGAUGGUCAAAGUCUGAUGCACCGAACACUGGAUAAACGACUAGCAUAUUUCAAGGAGAAGGUUUUGAAGCCAUAUAAUGCGAUGUACAGCAAAUUCCCUGAGGAGAAACAACACCGAGCAUUCGCCGUGGAGGACAAGUCUACGCAGGUCAGCUACGGCAUUGAGAUGAUGUUCCGCGAGAUUAUCCCCCCAAACGAGCAUAUUCUGAAAUGGAAACCCCCGGCCGAGAAUACUAUUGAUUUCCGUAUGCGACUAGAGUUCCCUGUGCUUGAACCUGAUACCGACGAUGAGGCAGAUGGUAUCUUCGAGCCUUACCCCGACUACGACGCCCUCCCUAUCUUCCAUCUCUUUGUUAUGCUGAACGCGGGUGAAUACCGCCACUUUGCCGAAAUGUACGUCACGCCAACUGAAUGGGAGGAUUUAAAGGCAAUGUGUGUUCCCUUGGAUGAUGCCAUUGUUGAAUGUUCCAAAGAUGAAAACUCACACUGGCGCUUUCAUCGACUUCGUGAUGAUAAAAAUGACGCAAACCAUAUCUCGACGGUGGAGAAGGUGCUGGAGAGUAUCGAGGAUCGUGUCACAGAGGAGGAUCUUAUUCGGUUGGCGCCGGUCAUUAAAACUGCUUGGAAGAAGCGCCAGGCAGGACCGAGCUCGGAGGGUAAACCUCGUGGUAUGCCGCCAUCGGUGAAUGGAGGUGUUAAGCGGAAAUUUGAGGAAUGA